CUAACACACAGGUAUCACGCCAACACCGCCAACAUGCGUACCUACGACGAUUCCUUCAGCGGUCAAAAGAUCUACCCGGGCAAGGGCAAGCUUUACAUCCGUGGUGACAGCAAGAUCUUCCGCUUCCAGAACGGAAAGAGCGAGUCCCUUUUCCUCCAGCGCAAGAACCCUCGCAAGAUUCACUGGACCACUCUCUACCGAAGGGCGCACAAGAAGGGUAUCUCUGAGGAAGUCGCCAAGAAGCGCACCCGCCGCACAGUCAAGCACCAGCGUGCCAUCGUCGGAGCCUCGCUUGACGUGAUCAAGGAGCGCCGCAGCCAACGUCCCGAGGCCCGUGCCGCUGCCCGCAGCGCCGCCAUCAAGGAGGGCAAGGAGAAGAAGGCCGCCGCCGAGUCAGCAAGGAAGGCUGAGAAGGCCAAGAACGCUGCCGCGUCCGCACGAGGCAACGCCGCCAAGGUCAGCAAGCAGGGUGCCAAGGGUGCCGCACCAAAGGUGCAGGCAAGGACUCGUUAAGCGGAUUGAUACGGCGUGCAUAGUCUGGGUUAUGGCUGGUUUUUCGGGAUGACUCGGUGUUCCUUUACUCUCUGAAUCUCUCUUCCGAUAAACUUGGGGAAAAAUGGAAUGAAUGGAAAUGGCACUCAUGGCUUGACAUGUUUCUGGAUCGGUGUACCAGACACUGUCCCAUCUUAAAGCAUCUGGCGCCGUAGGGCAAAUGCAAUACCAUGUCCUCACGAAAGUACUGCCAUCCAACAAAGUCAUGUGGUGUAAGUGCUUAGAAUGCAUGCUACUGCGACCACUACCGGGUGACAUGAAGGAGACCAAGAAAGGCCCUCAGAGGGAAGGGGGGGGAAAGGAGGUAGCUGUUUACAUUUUCAUUGAGCCAACACACCACUGGCAUCGUUCGUGUUCGCAACCCAAAGGACGUCGAUC